GAACUACAUAAUUCGUUGAACCCUCCAUGAUUUUGAUAUUUUCUCAUUUAGAACUCGAACAAGGAUUAGCGCUUUCGCAGCGGCUUGCUUCUCUUGUAACCAGCUUGAAAUCCCGUGCGAAUCAUUCAAGCAAUCGCCCUUUUUUAACACAACAAGCAAGAACGAGCGAAUCGUCCAAAAACCAAAGAGAAAAACUCAAGAUAAAGAGAUCACAAUGUAGGGAUAGUGAAUGAAUUACUCCAUUUAAAUGUCCAGGAGACUUCGUUGAAUUAAGUUCUAUUGGCUGAAAGGCGCCAUGGAUUUAGCAUCUUUUAUCUGCAGCAAGGUGUGAUCGACAUUUUGGAUGGUUUGUCAGCUGGUAGUGAGUGGUGGAAGGGAACCCCGUGUGUUGACGGAGGCUCCCUUUGACAGGGUCGCCAAAUGGCUUUCUGUUUACGCCACGGGUCUACUCGCGAUUUUCCUUAUUUUCAAGGAACACGUUUUAGACAGUGCACUUGUGUGCCAACCUAUCAACAGAUACAUCCGGGACAACCUCUCCUACAACCAGGCCCAGGCCUCCUACGACCGCGCCUACUGCGCAGCCAGCAUGAUGGACUACACGCAUAACAUCAUACGAGCAACCGCAGACACCGCCAGAAAUGUGCCGGGAGUGACCGUCAUAGGGAUAAAAGGGAAACCGGAAGAAAUAUACCAACGCAUAUUUCCCUUCACCAUGCUUCUCCAAGCCUUUUUUGCAUAUUGCCCUGUGUUGCUAUGGAAACUAUGGUCUAAUGAGCUACUGACAGCUGCCGUGAAUCACGUGAGUAUCACGUGCAAGGGUCUGCUAAAGCCGUCUGGAUCCCCUCGUAUGGAGAGCACACCCAAAACAUCACCAAGACUUAGGCCUUCGGGUGAAUACCAAAAGAACAUCGGCAAACUUGAUAUGAUAGUUCUUCAAUGGCUCGACCAGAAAUAUUUGACGACACUUUACAUAAGUAAACUUGUUUUAACUCAGGUUAUUCUGAUCUUUUCGCUGAGUGCUUAUAUCUGCUGUGUGUCGCUGUUUAUUUCGAAUUUUAAGAGCCAGUUUAUCUGUCGCGUCGAUGACCAGUAUUUGGUCACGUGCUCGUUAUCAUCGGUAGAGCUUUACAAGACUAUCUGGCUUUUUAAUAUCGCACUCAUAGACAUCAGCAUCCUCAUAACAACCUUCCAAUUUUUUAACAUUCUUUGCUGUAUGUCGAGAAAGAGGAACUUUUUCUUUUUGACGUAUGCAGGGAUCGGACCGAGCAAACAGUCGUGUGUGACGGACGCGCAUUUAAUUUCUUACUUUUGUCAUCACAAUCUGAGCAUAAUGCCCGAGGAGAUACUGCUGAACCCCGCGGUGCUUGCGGACUCAAGACCUGUCUCCAGUACUAUGGUUACCUUUGAUGGAGAGACUGGGGAGGAGUGUGAAAACUCGGACACAGUGUCCUCUUUCCAUACCGCAUCUGACGUCGCGGUGCCAGCGGUGAGGUCAACAGAAAGACGGAAAUAUAGCACAACCCAUCGAUAGUAAAUUGCACAACCAAUCGAUAUUACAUCGCACAACCAAUCGAUAAAACAUCGCAAAAUAAAUCGACAAAGCAUCGCAGAACAAAUCGAUAGUACAUCGCACAAACAAGAGAUAAUAUAUCGCACAACCAAUAAAACAUCUCAAAACCAAUCGAUAUUACAUACAACCAAUCGAUAAAACAUCGCAGAACAAAUCGAUAGUGCAUCGCACAAACAACAAAUAGUAUAUCGCUUGUAUAUCGCACAACCAAUAAAACAUCUCAAAACCAAUCGAUAAUACAUCGCACAACUGCACAAGCCAUCGAUAAAACAUCGCAUGGGAUCAGCACAGGAGCAGAAAAUAUAGAACAACGCCCGGACAAAUCCAACGUUAACAGUCCCAUAGGACCCAGGAUAAAACAUCGCGCUUGCUAAUGUAAUUUUUAAUAAUAAUUAAUAGGAGAAUAAAAUAUAGCAGGGACAGUUCAAAACAUUUCUGUCAGUAUAAACGUGCCAAAUUAAAAUACCGAAAUUCUUUUUAUAGUGUCGAGUUUGCUUUAUUUGGACAUGCGAUUUGCUUCCUCUCAGACUUGUCAAGUAAUGGCUGGAAAAUAUUUAAGCUCAUACCACAAACUAACCGAAGGCUCAAUACCAAAGCGCUAAUAACUAGACCUGCUCGGCCAGUUUUUCUACAGCUUGCCUGUAGUCUUUCUAGUUAUACCAAAUAAACCUAAGAACAGCAUGCUA